AUGACUAAAAGGCGGAAAAACUCGCCUCGACGAAAAGAAGACAAUGACAGUUAUGAAAGCCGUGCUCAAUCAAGCAGGAAACGCAGAAAAAUGGGUGAUAUUGCUUCUGAGAACAGCAGAGGUGCUAAUUGUCCUCAUUUACCAGCGGUGACUGCAAAGGUGAAGACACCGGUUCUUCGAAAAGAAGACAAUGACAGUCCAAGCAGGAAACGCAGAAAAUGGGGUGAUAUUGCUUCUGAGAACAGCAGAGAUGCUGAUUGUCCUCAUUUACCAGCGGUGACUGCAAAGGUGAAGACACCGGUUCGUCGAAUAGAAGACACUGACAACUGCAGUGACAUUGAUGACACACCUAUUGAACCAUGCAAAAAGAGGAGAAAAAGGAGUCAUAGUGGUUCUGAGAGGAGCAGUGAUACUGAUUGCCCUCCACAGUUACCCGCAUUGACUGAAACAAGGAAGACUCCAUGUUGUCGAACAGAAGAAUCUGACAGCUGCAAUGACAGUGAUGAAAGCCCUAUUAAACCAUGCAGAAAGAGCAGCAGGUCGAAUAGUGGGGACUCUGAGAACGAAAGCAGUGACUCUGAUUGCCCUCUGAUAGUAUAUGCUGAAGUGCAGGGAAUUGUGGCUAAGAACAACAAGAGUUACCAUGACGAUGAGCCUGUUUGCGACGAUGAAGGAGAAGUCACUGGACAUACAUCAAUGAGAUAUUCUAGGACUGAAAGAAAUAGGAAUAUUGUUAGGGUGAGUUGUCCUGAGACAGAAGGAGAAGGGGUAUCGGAGGAAGUUAGGAUUUUCUCUCGUCACUCCACUGCUGCUCCCACAACCGAGUCUGGUAAUAUUGGAGCGGAACCGAUGCCAUCAACAUCAUCUGGCGCUGCAGCUCACACGUCACAAUGCCGUAAGGAUAAAGAGUCAGAGAACUGUCCAGCUUGUCCCAUUUGCUUGCAACAAUUUACCACACAGGAAGUUGGGACUCCAGACACUUGCGACCAUAUUUUCUGUGCGGACUGUAUCAAGAAUUGGGGAAAAUAUGCCAGUACUUGUCCAGUUGAUCGACAGCCGUUUUCAGUCAUUAAUGUUCGACCCCAUCCAGGUGGAGAAAUUAUCACAGAGAUCCCUUCUGAAUCAACAAGUCAAGAACUCUUAUUUUGUCGUGUGUGUGGCGAGUGCGAUCAUGAAGAUCGCAUGCUUCUUUGUGAUAGGGAGACCAACCAGGAACAAACGAGGGCCACAACAAAUGCGCAGAAGGACUUCCCGGAAGCAGACAGACUGACACCCAAGAAAUAA